UACUCUGACCAGUAGUCCGCCCUUUCUUAAAGAGAAAAUGGCGAUAAAUUUUAGCCUUGGUUCUGUGAAAGACUGUAUAUUACGAAACGGAGGCAGAAUUAGAAAUCACGAGCUAGUUACACACUUUAAAAGCUUUUUAAAUGAUCCUGUGGACAAAGUUGUGAAUAGGGAGAAAUUUAAAGACUUUGUCAAUGAACUUGCAACAAUAAAAGUUGAAGAGGGUGAAAAGGUACUGGUUCUGAAAAAGAAGUAUCGAGCAGACAGUGGGUCUUCAACAUCUUUAUCUCUAGCUUCCAGCACACCCUCUGUUACUAAAGCAGAAUCACUUGCAUCUGGAGAUGGGCUUCAGUCUCAGACCAGCAAUCUUCAAGAGCUGCAUGCACAAUACGAUGAAACCCCAAAGAGAGACAGACCUGUUGUCCUUGGAGAUAGCUCAAGAGCACAGUCGGAACCUCGAGACACUAUUCCUUCCAAAGAGGACAUGCCAGAUGGAGGUCACAUGUCAAAGGUUUACAGCGAUGAUAGUCUUGAAGUAAAGCUGAAGAGUACCACUAGGAAUGUUGGUUUGAAAUCAGGAUCAAAUGCUUCUUCAGCAUCCCUAGCUUCAACCGGUUCUCAGGGUUCUUCUUCAUCAGUGCCAGCUUCUGUAGGAGAGAGUGUGUCUGGUUCAGGGGAGGACGAGGCCAAUGUUUCCAUACAAAGUGUAAAAGAAAGAGCUCUGCACCUCAACAAAAUGAGCUCUGAUGCAGAACUUCAGCAGUCUCGUGCUCCCCAAAGGAAAAAGGUGGCACAGAGAGAUGAUGACGAGGAAUCACAUACAUCUGGUGGAUCUUCAUUUGUCACGCUGUCUGCAGAAGAGAAGGAAUGGAUGGUUGUGUGCUCAACCGCUAACUACCUUGAUAUGCACAGACUUCUGUCAAGAAAGCCAAAUUUGGCAAAAGUGAAGAACCUUUCAAACGGGGUAAGUAUAUUUUACACCAAAUUUAUUUACCAUGUAGGUGAAUGUUACAUAAGUGUUACAGAAGUAGCAUAUUUUUCAUCUUAGGAAGAGGAAAUUUGAUGUUUUGAAUUUUGAAAUACUAUGGGACAGUUUGUG